UUUAAACCCGCAUAUCUAGUCGUUUCCCACCCAAUUUCUUAGAAAAAGAACUCCCCCUUGUUCUUUUCUUCUUGAUUUAUAGCAGUUUGUAAGCCCCACCCAGUUUCUUCUUUACCCCCUAAACCUCUUCAGCAAUUUCCCUUUGUUAACCAAAAUGAGACUGCAUUUCAGUUCACAUUGGUCAAGCUGGUAACGCUUGUUGGGAGCUCUACUGUCUUGAACAUGAUAUUCAGAACAGUCGGAGGUGGAGACCAUGCUUUCAACACCUUUUUCAGUGAAACCGGCGCCGGGAAACAUCCCCUUCGUUCUAAAUUUUUGGAUCUUGAACCGACCGUAGUUGAUGAAGUUAGAACCGGGGCUUAUCGUCAAUUAUUCCAACCUGAACACUUUAUUAGUGCCAAAGAAGAUGCUGCAAAUAACUUUGCCAGAGGCCAAUUCACAAGUUUCCACAUCUUUUGUAGAGCCUUACAAGCGUUCAUGACAAAACCCAUAAGAGAAAACAAAAACCUCAGUCACUGCUCGUUAUGCAAGUGUUGACACACACCUUGGAAUUGAGCAAAACGGUAGAGAUGAUUUGGAAUCCCUUGGUUAUGUGCUUCUGUAUUUCCUGAGAGGAAGGUUGUGUAUAUGAUCACCCCAUGCUCAUUUCAUUCAUGGUUUUAUAUUGUUUCUUGUUGCUGAAUCUUUUUUCUUAGUUUCCCUUCGCAUUGAUUUUGAAUUUGAUUCAGUUUGCACAAUUUCUUUGCUUCAGCCUUCCCUGGCACGGGCUAAAAGCUGGCAGGAAAUAAUAUGUUUACUUGCCCCGUCCAUCGAUUGAGAAAUUUAAUUUUUAUGAUAUCGCUCAUGCUUCGUUGUUUAAUAGGUGCUCUGUAAGUGAUAUCCAUCUGAAUUUGUCUUGUAUUUUAACUACUGUCGAUCUUUGCGGUUUGAAGAGGCUUUUCCGAGACUUGUUUGUAAGUGAAAAUACGAGAUUUCAUUUUUUUAGCUUUUUUCUUGAAAA